AUGGCGACGCACUCGGGUUCUACCAAGAGACCCAUGUGCCCAUCAUGCUCAAAGCCCACCCGUCUCUGCCUCUGCACCCGCCUCAAGACCCCGAGGCUCCACAACUCCGUGGCCAUCACGAUUCUUCAGCACAGUCUAGAGAAGAAGCACCCGCUGAAUUCCACAAGAAUAGCAUCAAUUGCCCUCGAGAAUCUCAGCGUAAUCCCAGUUUCUGAUGUCAAUUCCCAAGCCGAGUUCUCUAUCCGCUUACUUAACCCAAACCCUGAAAUGGGUGUUGCUAAUUUGGAUGAAAAUGGUGGGAUAUUGAAACAAAGACAGUGUGAUUGCAGUGUUGAUUUGAAGCCCAGUAAAAGUAAGAUUUUCAAUAGGAAUGCUGAAAAGGCUGUUGUUUUUACAGUUGAGAAGCAGGGAAGAAUAGCAUGUUUCCAAGAUUCUUGGAAGGUGAAAAAUGGAGUGGCAAGAUGGGAUUUUGAUCAGCUGUUGGGGUGUAGAGAAGCUGUGAGUGAUUUGGGGAAAGGGUUUGUGGUGAAAAAGCUGCAGAGAAAGAGGGUCGAGUUUGAAGAGGAGAAAGAAGAGUUUGAAAUUGCAGUUCCUGAAGGAUCUGUGCUGCUUUUUCCCAGUGAAAAAUCAGGUGGAGUUGAAGGUCUAGAUUUUGAGGUGAAGAAUUUGAUUGUGUUGGAUGGGACGUGGGCUAAGGCGAAGAGAAUGUACAAGGAGAAUCCAUGGUUGAAGCUUUUGCCUCAUCUGAAAUUGGACAUGGAGGAUAGGCUGAGCUUGUAUGGUGAAGUGAGGCUUCAACCAAAACAGGGAUGCCUGUCUACCAUUGAAAGCAUUGUGUAUGCACUCAAGGCUGUAGGGGAAGAAGAUUUGGAGGGCUUGGAUGGUUUGCUUCAUGUCUUUGCUUCAAUGGUUGGAGAUCAAAGGCGAUGCAAAGAUGAAAGAUUGAACAAACCAUAUUCAAGAAAUGAAUGA